AUGCAGUUCGAUAUUAGAAGGUGCGUUUGGUUCAAUUGAACUGUUUUUAUUCUUGUAAAAUUGACAUAAGUAAAAUAGCCCAGACGUUUUUGCAUGUCGUGUUGACAUAUGUCAUGGUUGCCAUAUGCAAUUUAAUAAUAUUUAAUUAUAACUGUUUCGACAAAUAUAUAGAAAAUAAUUAAAGCUAUAAAAUGCUGGCCGUCUCGAGUCCCUAUUUAAUAGCUUUCGUAGUAGCAUUAGGCUUGGUUAAAAUAUUUUAAAGUAGGGUAAUACUCAAUAAGACUGCUCUAAAGGAAACAUCAAUUGUUAUUAAAAUUUGUAUAUAAAUUACUGGUGUCGUGUCAACGUGAUGGCGUCUACUGCUUUUUGUUAAACGCCAGGGGUUGUCAUAGAAAUAAGAAUAGUUACAUUUCUUUAAAAACAUCUACAGAAAUGCUGGAACAGCAUUCCUCUGUUGCAGAAUAGGAACCUUACAGAAGGUUGCAAUUAUGUCUCCAUGUUCCUAGCCAGUGCACUGACGAGAAGCAUUCACCCUCCUGAAAAUAUUUAUAAUGAUGGACGUUCAGGGGGGUGAAUGCCUCUUGUGUAAAGCACACUGACUAGAAAUACGCCAAGUUCAUUUUGGUGACAAAUCAUGAUUGCAAAUCAUGAUGUAGAAACUGAGUCAACCUUCUGCAGGGUUCCUAUUCUAUGCCUCUGUGUUUUCAACUGUCAAGUUAUUGCCUUCACUGUCAAAUGCCACACUGUUGAUUUUUUGUUCAAAUGAUUCUAUUUAGUAUACCUUCCCUAGUAUUGUGAUUUAUAAAGUAGAAAUCUCUUCUUGAACUUAAUCCCAUACCUGUAUAGUUGUUUGCAGCUGAAAUCUGUUUUCCACUGAUUUGAACAACAUGUUCUACAAAUUUUUGUAUGAUAUGGUUGCUGUUGAAGUGAAAAACACCAGUAAUAAUGAACUGUUGCACAUAAAAACAUUGUCUGUUCUCAUGUAAAACUUGUAAAUGCAUCAGUCAAAUUGAAAGUGUAACAUCCCAACCCCUGGGCAUAUACCCAGGUUUUGGCUUUUAGGACACAUCUUAUUAAAGUGCUCAAAUUCUCCACCCCCUGUCAAAAAGCAUUGUUCAAAAGCCCUUUGUCAAGCUUGUAUUUUAAUACUGACCAGGCAAAUCCAAUAUUCAAACAAAUUUUUUUAGUGGAAUCAAAUGCCCCACCAUGCACAAUCAAUUUUACUUGCAAUCCCGCGUUUUUGGAACAUCAACAAUGGCAAUUAUGUCUGACCCAUGACUGGUUCCGCUAUAGCCUACCAUGAUUUCACGGUGAAAAAUAAUUGUCACAGCUUUGUUACACUGUCAGUGUGGAUUAUAACGGUCGGCAAUCGGCUAUUUGCCGAACAAAAACACCAAAUGGCCGAUCAAUUUCAUUCUGCACGGACAUUUUGUCCGAUCAAUUAAAUGCACCACACUGUUCAUUUAAAUUGAAGGUAGUUUAUGUGAAAAGUACUGUUUGAAAAGCAUCUAACUAUGCCUACUAUACCAUGCAAUCAAUAAAUAUUUGGAUGAAAAAAUCACUCAGAGGAAACAUUGUCAUAAUUGAGCUUCUCUUUUAGCAAAUACUCUCUCAAGUGACCGAAUCUCGAUAGUUACAGUCCAUAGCCGGCGGCGUUUACAAUACUUACUACUUACAAAAAUAUGUUUCAUUUCUAUAAGCCGUAGGCCUAACUAUAUAUUAGUAAAUACCUUUAUUUUCUAAAGAAACACAAACAAAGUGAAGGCGCGGAGGACGUUGCUAGUUGGCGUACGCCAAGCUUUUUUCUGCAUGCAAACGUGCAAUCAAUAAUGGUACGUCGAUCUGUAGCACUGUCACGUAAAAAUGGUUGAAAUAGUUGGCUGACCAUUCUUGGCCAAUGUCCGAGCAACAGUCUCGUUAAUCGGACAUUUGUCAGACCUAAGCAAAAACGUUAUAAUCCACACUGUACACUGUUAUUCAGCUAUCAAUCAGGUUCUUUCCUCUGAAGCUCCUAUUAAUAUGCUGGAUAUGAGAUUGCCUUGUUCUGCCUUGCCAUUGAGUGGGUUGAACUUGCAUAGGCCUAAAAAAAAUACCUGUGGUUCCGGUUCCCAACCGACCCUAUUUUUUUCUGCCGACCCUAUUAUUUUUUUCAACGCGAUUGACUGUGCGACCCUAUUUUCUCCGGGUGGUUGCGGGCUGCUCAUACAGCGUGCCAAAAUGGGGUCUGUUGUCAGUUGUCACACUAAUUAUUGAACCAAACUGCCUAAAUUUGUCCAUUAAGGAACUACGUAUCUCUAGUUAAUAUUGAUGUCGGGACUCUACUGUAAAUCGCCCAGCAAAAAGCCGCAAAAACCAUGAAAAAAAAAAAUUUAAUUUAUUUCCGACCUACCGACCCUAAUUUUUUCACAAUAUGAAACCGGAACCACAGGAUUUUUUUAGGCCAUAUUCUAAACUAAAUCAAAUUUAAUUUAUUUUCACAAACAUUUUAGAUUUGAUAUUUAUCGAAAAGUACCUAAAGAUCUGACCCAGCCUACCCAAGCUGGAGCUAUAAGUAAGAUUUCAUUCUUGAUUUUAAAUGAAAGACCAUCAGUAUAUGUCAUGAGUGUCAUGUCAUCAAUGCAUGUUAGGGAUCAUGUGCACACUGAAAUAAAACAAAUUUUGAAUAGAUGUGUCCAGGGAUGUAGCGAAGACUUUGUCAUUGGGGGAAGUGUAGGGGUCAAAUACCCUUUAUUUUUUAAAUUACGUUUUUAUAUGUUACCUGAAAACAUAUAACUACAGUUGUUUUUCCAGGGGGGGGGGGGGCUAAUUUCCAUAAAUUGGCCCAACAUUCAUGAAAUUUCCCAAAAUAUUUUUUCUUGAUCACAAAAUUUUCCUGGAAUUGUUGGUGACAUGGGUGGGAGAGGUAAAUUCUUACCUUAGAUAUAUUUCCUUUUUCCGUGAUGUUUUAUUAAACCUGCCCCUUCUCUUUAAUUCUUUCCUCAAUUUUUUUCUAAAUUUGCCUGAUUUUGGGGUAGAAUUUGCCCCAUCACCUCUAAAUUUACCUGAAAUCAGAUCAUGAACAAAUAUGGGGGUGGGGGCUUACAACCCCCGGUUGCACAUCCCUGAACGUGUCUUCUUGAAAAUCCAAGAUUUGAAUUAAAAAUCAAGACAACAUUUUUAUGGUUAUACCUGUAUUUCAAAAUUAUUUCAAAGCCUUCUUCAAAGUGUCUUCCAACUGCAUCCUUCUUCGGUCACAACUAUUCGGAAUUUGUUCUAGGCUUAUAUUUUUCAAAUUGUCAGCUUGUAAUGGAGAUUGUGCAUCACGGGGAAGUUCACUAUUAGUUUAUUCCACUCCACCUUAAAAAUGAAUCCAAUCUUGCUAAAAUUUUAUUUUCUUGAAUGUUUUAGUCUCAAUUCUCAGUGCUUUAGUUAUGAUCUUCCUCUUCUUAUCAGAAUUUUAUAGUUUUAUUACACCUGAAAUGUAAGUAAAGUGUGUUGUAAUGUAUUUCAUUAUUUGAGUAAUUAGUGUUGUAAAAUAUAAAGGCUUGCAGUACCUUUUUUGGGAAACGAGAUGCAAAGAUGAAAAAUGGCGAGAUUCUUGAUUGAAUUUCAUGAGAGAAAUCGACAUCUUGUGAAUGAAAGGUUGAAAUAAUGUGAUUGUGAAUUUUUAGUGUCAGUGAAUUGUUUGUUGAUAUGGCCGGAUCAUCGAAAGAAAGAAUGAAGACCAGCUUGAACUUAACGUUGCCAAGAUUAAAAUGUGAUUGUAAGUUCUCCUUUAUCUGAAAUAUUUCGAACUCACAGAAUGAAUGUGAAAACUGUCACUGGCAACAUUACUGCACAUCAAACAAAACAUCAGUGAGAACAUACUCCAGUGCAAACACAAAAUGUCUUAUGUUGAGUAAUCAACAAGAUAUACAGUAAUAUUUUGAUUUUAUUUUCAAAAAUCAUCGAAGAUACUAGAACAUUUAGAAAAUGAAGUUAAUGAACUGCUUCGCCACAAGCAUCCGCCUUUUACGACGAAAGACCCACAAAAAUCCAGUGCACACAUAUUUUGGUUAUUUUUUCCAUUCGUUGAAAUCUCGGUAAAUUCGUGAAUUUUACUUAUUUUAUAGUUGUUGGGCUGGACAUACAGGAUGAAAUGGGAAGGUACAAUGAUAAUGGUUUCUAUUAGAAUUGAACUCAAUUAACCUUGUUCCCAGGCAGUAGCGAAGCUAGUCAUGCACGGUAACUGAUAAUAAACCUGCUUCUAAAUAGGUUAAAGACAAUGGUUUCUAAUUAUUUAAUACACCCUUCAGAAAAGUACGUCGACUUGGCUGUAGAGCUUCGCUUUUGUAAAAUGUGAUUGGCCGACACAAAUUUUCCGUCGGAAAAAAUAUUGAAGUUGAAAAUCUUCAACUUUUAACAAUGACAUUUUCGGAAAAUUUUCUGUCCAUGGAAAUUUUUCUUGAGUGGAAAUAGGCCUUUAGAGUCUGCAUUUGGGACUUUGGUGGGGCAAUCGUCAGGCAAGCGCCUUUCGCCUCGGCAAUCGUGCGUUCGAUUCUCGCUGGGGACUCACGACAUGGUUAUAAGAAGAAUCCGAGAUUUUGUAGAAAAUAAGAAGAAUCCGAGAUUUUGUGGAAAAUAAGAAGAAUCCGAGAUUUUGUGGAUAGAGAAACCUUGAUCUCUAUCUACAAUGCAUUGGUUCGUCCUCAUUUUGAUUAUUGCAGUGAGGUGUGGGAUACCCUGGGCAUUGGUCUUUCAAGUUGACUUCAAAAACUUCAGAAUAGAGCUGCAAGGAUAAUAAUGAGCAUGAAAAAUGAUACCCCUGGAUUAGAAGCAAUUUCUGCUUUCGGGUGGGAAACUAUAUUGAGUCUCAACGAACCAAGUCGAAAGCAGUUCAAAUGUAUAAAGUUUGAAAUGAUUUGGCUCCAAAUGUGUGCGUAAAAGUGGCAUCACAGAUUAUGAGAUCAGGGGGCUAGGACUGAAAAUCUAAAAAAAACGUUUUGCUUAUGAUGGGUGAAACUGUCAGUGGAAUUCCUUACCCCCAGAUUUGUGUGAUUCGGAUUCAUUGCUGAUAAUUAGAAAUGGAAUUACUGCUCACAAUUUCUCGUAAUUGUAAAUAUAGUUAUUAUAGCCAUACUAAUAGGUUGAUUUUUGUAAAUAUUUAAUAAUAUAUAUUCAUGUAAUGAACACACCCCUCGUGGAAGUCAGCGAAAGUUGACGGGGCUAGCGUGUUGUUUUAAAUAAAGUUUUACCCACCUAUACUUACCUACCUACGUUUAUGUGAAAAGGGAUGACGCAACCCUGGGUACUCCGGUUUCUGUAGGAACAGUGAAUGUUGACAGGGUGGGUUGGGAUGAGCCCCUGUCUAAAACCAAGAUGUCGAUUAUGAAAAGAAUGCUAAGGAAUUGUACUUUCCGGAGUGUGUAUUGGAGACACGUUUUUCACGAAACGUUACUCUUCAAUUUUCCAGGCACGAAGUUGGAUUUCAAGAAAAUACUCAGAAAUGGGAAAUAAAUGGCGGAGGUAGUGAGACACUUCAGACAUUAUAUAUUUAGACGUUUAUUCGGGUAUUGAUUGUUGUACUAAUUUGUAUUAAAUCUGAUUUGAUGUAGAGGGCUGUACAUUUCAAGGACGAUUUGAAAUCAACAAGGUAUUGAAGUCAAUGUCCAGGUUUUGUUUAAUUCGUUGAAUCAUCUCCAAAAUACCAAACGUUCUUCCUGUUUCUACCAUCACAUGAAGUACACACAGUGGGAAGAAGUUAUUCCGCUGACCUCAGAAUGACAUUUCGUCAAAACUUUUUUCAUCAAGAUUGGUUUUGAAACAAACUUGGAGUAGGGUUAGGUUAGAGUUGGUGUUUGGAAUAGGGUUAGGUUAGGGUUAGAGUUGGUGUUUGGAAUAGGGUUAGUGUCGAUUUCAGGUAACUUUGCAACACGCUGUUCCCAAGUUUGUUGUCAACUUGCCAAUUACGUUUCCAAAUUCGGAAGUUGGGCGGGAACUUCGCAACGAAGUUCGCAAGUUCAUUUCGAAGUUCGAACUUUGACUGUAAACAAAUGUAAAAAUUUCAUUUAUAAAUUUAUUUAAAAAGGCACUUUCGUCUUGGGAGACCACUGGACUAAUAUUUUACUGCAGUAAUAUGUGCAUAGCGUCAUGCAGUAAUUUCAACUCCAACUAUGAACAUUUGUUUACAAUCAAAGUUCGAACUUUGAAAUGAACUUGCGAACUUCGUUGCGAAGUUCCCGCCCAACUUCCGAACAUGACAACGUAAUUGACAAGUUCGCAACGAACUUGGGAACAGUGUGUUGAAAAGUUACCUGAAAUCGACAAUAAUGUUAGUAAAACCGUUGCUUUGUUACGUUUUGUCACUCUGAGGCCAGCGAAAUAACAUCUUCCCACACAGUAACGUCAUAGCAUGUUGAAACGUGUUCAUUCUUCCAGGUUCCAGGAAAUUUUCAUGUUUCAACUCACGGAGCUGGGCAGCAGGUUUGUGAUGCGGUUUAGAAUAGAUUCGUGUUGAUUUCAUAUAAUUAAUUUGGAUUGUAUGAAACAGUGUACAUCACAAGAUAAACAUUAAACUUGUUCACUUCAAUUUGAACAGCCUGACACGGUUGACAUGGCGCAUGUAAUUGACGGUUUACGAUUUGGUGACGACAUCCAUGUGAGUAUAUUUUGGUGAGUUUGUGCCUUGUAUUUGAUUUUGUUAGGCCAAAAAAAAAAUAUGUGGGUUUCCGGUUUUCCGACCCUACCUAAGCUUUUGGACGUCGAAAUCCCGACCCUAAACUUUUUAUUGGAUCAUGCCUGUAAGUGUUUCCACUUAGAGGAAAAAGUUCGCGGAAAAUUGAAAUUUGAGGCAAUAUUAGGGAAAUUUAUCUUUGGAUGUGGAAGCACUGACUAAACAAAAUGGCGUCCGCUUGUUCGGAAAAUUAAAAAAAAAGUUUAAAAAAAAAAGUUAAAACCGACCUACCCUAGCUAAGUUUUUAUAAGAAGAAACCAGAAACCCACAUAUUUUUUUUUUGGCCUUAUCAGUACAUGUAUGCUUAUAAAUUAUACAUGUUGAAUCAAUAGACCUAAUCCACUAACACUUAUUUAUGCUCAUAUAGCCUUGUUCCAUUUACCCUUGAGGACCAGAGGCUUUUCCAUUUACCCUUGAGGACCAGAGUAACUCUGCCACCCAGGGUAUAUAGGUUCCAUUUCUCUCACAAAAUAUAAUUUAAAUGCUUCUUGGUUACCUACCUUUGUACCAGAAUAGAGUUACUGUAGUACAUAAGCAUGUAAAUUAUUCGAAAUUUGAAUCAAGUGCCAAGGGGGAAUAAACAUGCAUUUUCUAUUUCUCAUUUACUAGCUGGAGAAUAUCGAUGCGGCAUUUGUGUCUUUGAGUAAUUUAAACAAGGAGGAAUCCAACGGUAUGUAUGUAUAAUUGGUCAAUCGGCAGUGCAUUUUUUUAAGGAUUCUUCAGUGUUGGGUCAAAACUGCCAAAGGGCCCAUUGUCUCCUUGCCGUCCCCUCUGGAUAGUAUGCGAUCGCCGAAGGUGUGCGCCGAGUACCGAAGGCACGAACUAGCUAUGGGGUCUGGGGGGCAUGCCCCUCCCCAGGAAAUUUUUUAAAUUUGGGUCUCUGAAAUAACAUUUCCUGCAUUCUGAGAACACAUUUUAAAAAAAUCUCAGCUUUUCAAAACAAAGCUUUAAUGGUGAAAUUUGUAAUAAAUUGCAUGCUAAUCAUUAAAACGCAACAUAUGUUUAAGUAUGCUCACCAACAAAUUUUGUUUUUUAAACUUCUUUUCAAUGUUAAACUCAUUUACUCAAUACAGGUCCCAAGCUAAGGCCCUGGCUCAGGGCAAUAGGCCAUUUUUUCUUCAGUGGUGGGGCAGAGGAAGGGGCCCAGUGGAGCAAAUGCCCCGUCAGUCCAUGGUAUUAAAAAAUACCUUGUCAAUCGGCAUUUCUAUUAUUAUUCUCCCUUUAUUCGUCAAUAUAAGGCUAUCAUUAGUCUAAAAAUAUGACCGAUGUUAUGAAAAUAUGAACGUUGUAAAUUUACAUUUGUGUUGUAUAGGUAUUUCCUCACAUGACUACGUUUUAAGAGUUGUUCCAACGAUUUACGAGAAACUAGAUGGCACCAAACUUUAUUCCUUUCAAUACACCUGGGCUUAUAAGGUAACAGCAAUAUGGCGGCGUUGUUACAGAAUAGGUAUACAUACGGCUUGCGGCUUGGUUCACAUAUCUUGGCUUGCGGCUUGCGUAUAUUACAAAUCCUUUCCUACACGCGUAAAAACGCCGAGCCUGCUGUUUAACAGGAUUGGGCAAUGUUUUGCUGCCCACGUUGUUCACACUUGUCAACAAUAUUGAACAAUAUUGUUGAGCCUGAAUCGGGUGUAACAAUAUUGUUCAAUAUUGUUCAAUAUUGUUGACAACUGUAAACAAUAGGGCCAUUUAUACGAGCGAAAAUAAGCCGCGGCUUAAAUAAGUCGCGAACGACUCGUAUAAACAGUCAAUUUGCAAUAAGCCGCGGCUAAAAUAAGCCCAGAGUUGAAAGCUAGGCCUAAAUAAGCCGCGGCUUAUUGCAAAUUGACUGUUUAUACGAGUUGUUCGCGACUUAUUUAAGCCGCGGCUUAUUUAGGCCGCGGCUUAUUUUCGCUCGUAUAAAUGGCCCUAAUGUGGGCAGCAAAACAUUGUUCAAUCCUGUUCUCAUCAACCAUUGCAACAACCUGAUCGUUUCUAGGCGUGUAGUACUUUGCGGUUUUGCCCAAUAUGAAACAGAAAGACUCCAGUACUUUAUGCAGAUCUUGCGUAGCGACGUCGCAAAUGCAAUCCAUUGAUUUUGCAACACAAGCUCUUGCUAUUCGUUAAAAUUACAUGCAUUUGUUAAAUUACACCCACUCUGAACUUUAUCGAAUUGAUAUCGGCAUCUUAAUCGGCAACUAGAUCGGUAAAACAAACUUAGCCUCCCACCCUUAUGUAAAAAUGUUGUUAUCUCCCAAAAUCUGGGAGACACGUCACCAGCCUGGACCAGGGUCUUUCCUCCAGCGAGGAGCGUAGUGGAAAGAGCCUGGGUACGAGGUUGCUCUUAGUGUUACUGUUGGUGUUGUUAUUCUUGUUGGUCGUGAUGUUGCACAAUUGGCUCAAUAAUGGCCGAUUACAAGUGACCAACAAUAAGUUUCUAAACGAAUUUCCAAAUUGUAGGACUACAUUUCAUACGGCCACGGAGGGCGAGUAAUGCCAGGUACAGUAUGUUUGAAUGUUAGGGCAUUGAAAUAUAUUCAUUUUAAUUUAAAAUGAAGUGAAAAUAUGACAACCAAGAUGUGUGCAUAUUUCUUUUAUGUCAUUUUAGCGAUUUGGUUCCGUUAUGAUCUCAGUCCAAUCACAGUGAAAUAUGUGGAAAGAAGGAAACCUUUUUAUCAUUUUAUAACAACCGUGAGUAUAGAUAUUCUUUAAUCAAUUAAACCGCAUUGCGCCUUAAGGCCAUGUUACACGGUGCAAUUUUUCUUGCAACUUGCAAUGCAAUUCUACUCUUGAGAGAUGCAAAAUUGCCAAAUACGAGUCUUCAUUACACUCCGCUGUUGUUUUCUCAACAUAUCGAAAAUUCUUCACUGGUUUCACUAAUUAACAUCUCUCAAGAGUAGAAUUGCAUUGCAAGUUGCAAGAAAAAUUGCACCGUGUAACAUGGCCUUUAUAAUGCACGUUGAUAUUUAAAUCUGUCUAACCCCAGAUGAUUUUAACCACCGUGAAGAAAGUACCGGGGCAUCGUUAAUAUUUCCCAGACUAUGUGCGGUAUUUGCGUGGAAUCAUUAUCCGCAAUGCGCCAUUUUAUUCAUCAGUGAUCAAGGAGAAAGUGAUUUCUUCUCAAACUCGUGUUAUAUUGGGGCUUCGGUGCCGCAAUCGUCAGAGCAUAGAGCAAACGCCUUUCACGGACUCAUGUGCGAACUCAUGUGAAAAGAGUCGGUCAACGUUCUGCCAAAAGUCGUGGGUUUUCUCCGGGCGCUCCCGUUUCCUCCCAGGCCAAAAAAAAAAAUUGUGGGUUUCCGGUUUCCCGACCCUACCUAGCUUUUGGACGUCGAAAUCCCGACCCUAAACUUUUUUAUUGGAUCAUGCUUGUAAGUGUUUCCACUUAGAGGAAAAAGUUUGUGGAAAAUUGAAAUUUGAGGCAAUAUUAGGAAAUUUAUCUUUCGAUGUGGAAGCACUGACUAAACAAAAUGGCGUCCACUUGUUCGGAAAAUUUUAAAAAAAAGUUUAAAAAAAAAGUUAAAACCGACCUACCCUACCUAAGUUUUUAUAAGAAGAAACCGGAAACCCACAUAAUUUUUUUUUUUGGCCCCACAGGGAAAGUUGACAGGGUGGGUUAGGAUAAACACAGUUAGGAAAGUAAUAUCACAAUUGUUGUAAAGAUAAAUAGUCUAGGCUAAGUAAGUAACAUGACGGUAAUACUUGAUGUAAUCGGCCACUGAAAAGCCCCAAUGGGGAGUGAGCUGAAUAAUAAUGAAUGUAAUAUAGUAGACCUCUCCUUACUCUAUUCUUUCAAUUUUACAGGUUUUCGCAAUCGUUGGUGGCACUUUCACCGUGGCUGGGAUCAUUGACUCAUUGUUGUUCACGGCGUCUGAACUUUUUAAGAAGUUUCAGCUUGGUAAACUAACUUAG